GUCGAUUCAUUAAUUUACUUUUUUCCCAUCGGACAUAUUUCUAAUCAAUUCGAAUCAGUCGCUUGCGUCGUAAAAACACCAACAACGUAUUGAUUCCAUGGAUUAGUCGAUCAUUUCUGGAAAUUUGAUAGAACGAUAGAAGAUCAACUUAAUUAAAGUACACGUCGAGCGGAAUACGUUGGUAACAUUUUGCGACAUGUUAUUUUGGACCUUGGCACCUUGGAUUAGGACAGAUGAAGAUAGAAAUAUGAAUACUCUGCCGCUCUACCGCUAACCCUUUUUAUAUUUUCACUGUUCAAUCAACUGUAGCUGUUCAAUCAUCAUUGAAAAUGGAUCCGGAAUCGUUUUUAGAAAUAGCAAAUCAGGUAACGAAACUGAAAAUGUUUCCUUACUUCUUUAUAGCUGAUACCGUCCUAGCUGCUUUGGCUGUUCGUGAAGAUUUGGGCCCAGGAGGGCAAGCUUUCUCUAGAAAACAUCCCCUGUCUUGUUGGUUAUCCACGAUGUUGGUGGUCUUUGCUGGAGGAAUGGUCGCCAACGGAUUACUAGGCGAGCCGAUAUUAGCCCCUCUGAAGGAUAAUCAACAAAUUCUGUUGGCCACACUUACAUGGUAUAUUGUAUUUUAUACUCCGUUUGACAUUGGAUACAAAAUGAGCAAGUUUUUACCUGCAAAAUUGGUAUUCUCUGCCAUGAAAGAGGCUUACAGAUGCAAAAAAGUAUACGAUGGUGUGUCUCAUGCUGCAAAAUUGUACCCGAGCUCUUACUUCAUCAUGAUAGCUAUUGGUACUCUGAAAGGUAAUGGGGCUGGGUUUACGAAACUCGCCGAAAGACUCAUUAGAGGAGUAUGGACUCCAACUGCGAUGGAAUUCAUGCAACCAAGCUUUCCGACGAAAGCUAGCAUUGUGGCCUCCAUUAUAUUUGUAUUCGAUUUGAAAACUGAUUUGAUCUCGGCUCCUCAUGCUCUUGUCUACUUUGGCAUCGUUAUCUUCUUCAUUUACUUCAAACUCUCUUCGUUAUUAUUGGGUAUCCACGAUCCUUUCAUACCGUUCGAAAACUUAUUCUGCGCUUUCAUAUUCGGAGGAAUAUGGGACUCAUUAUCGAAAGUUUUCGGUAGCAGUUCCGUCAAAGAAGGGGAAAAAGCUGACAAUAAGAAAAAAGAUUAGAGACUUUUAUACCAAAAAUUUUCUGACAUUUUUAUUACCUACCGACUUCAUCAAAUUAAUUUUUAUGAAAAAAAUUGAGCUUUUCGUUAUUUAUUUAGAUAAGGUUUGUUUUCUAUUUUAAAUUUCAGUGUAACUGUGUAACAUAGUGAUACGAUUUUUUUUUCGCGAUGGUUUCAGUAUUGUCUAAUUUUCAAAAAUAUUAUGCUACCAACCUACCUACCUACCAAAUGGAAUAAUUUUGUAUAAUGUGUUCAUUUAUAAUCUAGUUCCACUGUUUCAGAGCUUCUACUUCGUAAUAAUUUUUUUCUCUUUUUAAAAGUAUUAUUCAUUCUAUGUGUAUAAGUAUUGUGAUUGUACAGCAAUUUUCACCAUUUGAACAGUAUUUUCUCGUUCCUAGCUUUGAAAUUAGUGAGAUAAGUACUGUAUUCAUUUAAUAAUAAUUACUAAUGAUCACGCGCAAUACCAAUUGACAAUAUUUCAUGCCUUAUAUAGAUCUACUAAUGUUUUUGAAUUUCAUUUUUUUAAUUCAUGUAGUUAUGUAAAUUGAACUAACCUACCAUGUGAUUAAUCGUGUGACCAUUUUUUUUUUUUUUGCUAAGGUGCUGUAGAUGUUCGUUGACUAUUUUUAAUAAAACCUUACCGUGAAAA